UAUCGUGGCAUGGGUAUAUAAACACAAAUGGUCUAAUCGUGUAAAUUCAUGUAGUCAACAAAAUGGCUACUACGAAUGAUUCAAAGGCGCCAUUGCGCCAAGUAAAAAGAGUACAAUUUGGUAUAUUAUCUCCAGAUGAAAUCCGACGUAUGUCAGUCACAGAAGGGGGAAUACGCUUUCCCGAAACAAUGGAAGGUGGAAGACCCAAGCUUGGAGGUCUUAUGGAUCCACGACAAGGGGUGAUAGACAGGAGUUCCAGAUGCCAGACUUGUGCUGGAAACAUGACAGAAUGCCCUGGACACUUUGGACAUAUUGAUCUGGCAAAGCCAGUAUUUCAUAUAGGUUUUAUAACAAAGACAAUAAAAAUAUUAAGAUGUGUUUGUUUCUACUGUUCAAAAUUGCUUGUUAGCCCGACUAAUCCAAAAAUAAAAGAAGUUGUUAUGAAAUCAAAAGGACAACCUCGUAAAAGGUUGACAUAUGUCUAUGACUUGUGUAAAGGUAAAAAUAUUUGUGAAGGAGGUGAAGAUAUGGAUAUAGGCAAGGAAGGGGAAGAAGGCAAAAGAGGUUCUGGACAUGGGGGAUGUGGUCACUAUCAGCCAUCCAUCAGGCGGCAAGGAUUAGAUCUUACAGCUGAGUGGAAGCAUGCUAAUGAAGAUACACAAGAAAAAAAAAUUACUAUCACAGCAGAAAGAGUGUGGGAAAUUCUUAAGCAUAUCACAGAUGAAGAAUCCUUCAUAUUAGGUAUGGAUCCCAAAUUUGCUAGACCUGACUGGAUGAUAGUCACAGUAUUGCCUGUACCACCAUUGUCAGUAAGACCUGCUGUAGUUAUGUUUGGUGCUGCCAAAAAUCAAGAUGAUUUAACUCACAAACUUUCUGACAUUAUAAAAGCUAAUAAUGAGUUAAUGAGAAAUGAACAGUCAGGAGCAGCUGCUCACGUGCUUGCUGUAAAUAUCAGAAUGCUACAGUUUCAUGUUGCCACAUUUGUGGAUAAUGACAUGCCUGGUAUGCCAAAAGCUAUGCAGAAGUCUGGUAAACCACUUAAAGCUAUCAAAGCAAGGCUGAAAGGAAAAGAAGGUAGAAUCAGAGGGAACCUUAUGGGAAAACGUGUGGAUUUCUCAGCUCGUACUGUCAUUACACCAGAUCCAAAUUUGCGUAUUGAUCAAGUUGGUGUACCGCGAUCUAUUGCACAAAAUUUAACAUUCCCUGAAUUAGUCACUCCUUUUAAUAUUGACAGAAUGCAGGAACUUGUAAGGAGAGGGAAUGCACAGUAUCCUGGAGCUAAAUAUAUAGUCAGAGAUAAUGGAGAAAGAAUAGAUUUGAGAUUUCAUCCCAAACCAUCUGAUUUACACUUGCAAUAUGGUUAUAAAGUAGAAAGACAUUUACGAGAUGAUGAUUUAGUUAUUUUCAACCGGCAACCGACACUACAUAAAAUGAGUAUGAUGGGACAUAGAGUCAAAGUAUUACCAUGGUCAACAUUUCGCAUGAAUUUGAGCUGUACAUCUCCAUACAAUGCUGAUUUUGAUGGAGAUGAAAUGAAUUUACAUGUACCACAAUCUAUGGAAACGCGUGCUGAGGUGGAAAAUAUUCACAUUACACCCAGACAGAUCAUUACUCCACAAGCCAAUAAACCUGUUAUGGGUAUUGUACAAGAUACUUUAACAGCUGUUAGAAAAAUGACAAAACGAGACGUAUUUUUAACAAAAGAACAAGUAAUGAACUUAUUGAUGUUUCUUCCUACAUGGGAUGGUAAAAUUCCACAACCCUGCAUUUUAAAACCACAACCUUUAUGGACUGGGAAACAAAUAUUUACAUUAAUUAUUCCUGGCAAUGUAAAUAUGAUCAGAACCCAUUCUACACAUCCCGAUGAAGAAGAUGAUGGGCCUUAUAAAUGGAUUUCUCCAGGAGACACUAAAGUCGUUGUGGAGCAUGGAGAGCUUUUAAUGGGCAUCUUAUGUAAGAAAUCUUUGGGUGCUUCAGCUGGUUCUCUGCUACAUAUUUGCAUGUUGGAGUUAGGGCAUGAAGUUGCGGGCCGAUUUUACGGUAACAUUCAAACAGUAAUCAACAAUUGGCUUUUAUUAGAGGGACAUUCUAUUGGUAUUGGUGACACUAUUGCUGAUCCACAAACAUAUCAAGAGAUUCAGCGUGCAAUUGUAAAAGCGAAAGAUGAUGUCAUAGAGGUAAUCCAGAAAGCCCACAACAUGGAGCUAGAACCUACACCUGGUAAUACACUUAGACAAACAUUCGAAAAUCAAGUAAAUCGUAUAUUAAAUGACGCUCGUGACAAAACUGGUGGUUCAGCUAAAAAAUCCUUAACAGAAUAUAACAACCUGAAGGCUAUGGUAGUAGCUGGUUCUAAAGGUUCAAAUAUUAAUAUUUCACAAGUCAUUGCUUGUGUAGGUCAACAGAAUGUUGAAGGUAAACGAAUUCCAUUUGGAUUCCGCAAAAGAACAUUGCCACAUUUUAUCAAGGAUGAUUAUGGUCCAGAAUCAAGAGGAUUUGUAGAAAAUUCUUAUCUUGCUGGAUUGACACCUUCUGAGUUUUAUUUUCAUGCUAUGGGAGGUCGUGAGGGUCUUAUCGAUACUGCUGUGAAAACUGCAGAAACUGGGUAUAUCCAGCGUCGUUUAAUAAAGGCCAUGGAGUCUGUAAUGGUCCAUUAUGAUGGGACAGUUCGUAAUUCAGUUGGACAACUUAUUCAGUUAAGGUAUGGCGAGGAUGGAUUAGCUGGUGAAACAGUAGAGUUCCAAAAUUUACCUACAGUGAAAUUAUCUAACAAGGCCUUUGAAAAGAAAUUCAAAUUUGAUCCAUCUAAUGAAAGAUAUCUAAAGCGAAUAUUCAAUGAAGACAUCAUUAAAGAAUUAACAGAGUCUGGUUAUGUUAUUGCUGACCUUGAAAGUGAAUGGGAACAAUUAUCUAAAGACAGAGAGAUACUUCGUCAGAUUUUCCCAAGUGGCGAGUCUAAAGUUGUGUUACCUUGUAACUUUAAACGGAUGAUUUGGAAUGUGCAAAAGAUUUUCCAUAUAAAUAAGAGAAUGCCAACAGAUUUAAGUCCUAUAAAAGUUAUACAAGGUGUAAAAGACCUCCUUAGAAAGUGUGUGAUUGUAGCAGGAGAAGAUCGUUUAUCUAAACAAGCUAAUGAAAAUGCAACAUUGUUGUUUCAAUGUUUGGUCAGGUCUACCUUAUGCACCAAAUUCGUAUCUGAGGAAUAUAGACUGUCUAGUGAAGCCUUUGAAUGGUUGAUAGGAGAAAUUGAAACACGUUUCCAACAAGCUCAAGUAAAUCCAGGUGAAAUGGUUGGUGCAUUAGCUGCUCAGUCUCUUGGCGAACCUGCUACACAGAUGACAUUGAACACUUUCCACUUUGCUGGAGUGUCAUCUAAAAAUGUAACUCUUGGUGUGCCACGUCUAAAAGAAAUUAUUAACAUUUCUAAAAAACCGAAAGCACCAUCUUUAACUGUGUUUUUGACAGGUGGUGCUGCUAGAGAUGCUGAGAAAGCUAAAAAUGUUCUCUGUCGAUUAGAGCAUACCACUUUAAGGAAGGUAACUGCUAAUACCGCUAUUUACUAUGACCCUGAACCUCAAAAUACUGUUAUUGCUGAAGAUCAAGAAUUUGUGAAUGUAUAUUACGAAAUGCCUGAUUUUGAUCCUACGAAAAUAUCACCGUGGUUGUUACGUAUUGAGUUAGAUCGCAAGAGGAUGACUGAUAAGAAACUCACUAUGGAACAAAUAGCAGAAAAAAUUAAUGCUGGAUUUGGAGAUGAUUUAAAUUGUAUAUUCAAUGAUGAUAAUGCUGAAAAGCUUGUAUUACGUAUAAGAAUUAUGAAUAAUGAAGAAAACAAAUUCCAAGACAAUGAUGAAGAAACUGUAGACAAAAUGGAAGAUGAUAUGUUUUUAAGAUGCAUAGAGGCCAACAUGUUGUCAGAUAUGACACUACAAGGCAUAGAGGCUAUAGCAAAGGUGUACAUGCAUCUACCUCAAACAGAAGCAAAGAAACGCAUCAUAAUUACAGAACAAGGAGAAUUUAAAGCUAUUGCUGAAUGGUUAUUGGAAACUGAUGGUACUUCUUUGAUGAAAGUGCUUUCGGAACGUGACGUUGAUCCAAUUAGAACCUUUAGUAACGAUAUUUGUGAAAUAUUCCAAGUAUUAGGUAUUGAAGCUGUACGUAAAUCAGUUGAAAAGGAAAUGAAUGCUGUUUUGCAAUUCUAUGGAUUAUACGUGAACUACCGUCAUCUCGCCUUGCUUUGUGAUGUCAUGACUGCUAAGGGUCAUCUCAUGGCUAUUACACGCCACGGCAUCAAUAGACAAGAUACUGGUGCUUUGAUGAGAUGUUCAUUCGAAGAAACAGUAGACGUGUUGUUGGACGCUGCAAGUCACGCGGAAGUUGAUCCUAUGAGAGGCGUAUCGGAGAACAUUAUUAUGGGACAAUUGCCCAGAAUGGGAACUGGAUGUUUCGAUUUACUACUUGACGCUGAGAAAUGUAAACAUGGAAUGGAGAUGGGAGGUCUUGGAGUUGGAAUGGGCGUUGGUGGCGGAAUGUAUUUCGGUGUCGGUACUCCUUCAAUGACGCCCCUUAUGACUCCAUGGUCUACACAGAACACACCCGGAUAUGGUAGCAGUGUGUGGUCUCCAGGUCAAGUUGGCAGCAGUAUGACGCCUGGUGGUCCAUCAUUCUCACCUUCUGGAGCAUCAGAUGCAUCUGGUUUGUCACCAGCAUACAGUGCGUGGUCUCCUCAACCUGGAUCUCCUGGUUCUCCUGGUCCACCAUUGUCACCUUAUGCUUCUCCGGCAGGAGCGUCGCCAUCUUAUUCACCUACUAGUCCACUAUAUGCCCCUGCUUCUCCCAGUCUCACGCCGUCAUCAUCUCAAUAUCCUCCUUCUCCUUCUUACUCUCCUACAUCUCCGAACUAUUCUCCUACUUCACCCAUAUAUUCGCCAACUUCUCCAAGUUACUCUCCUACAUCACCUGGGUAUUCGCCUACAUCUCCUUCCUAUUCACCUACAUCACCGAGUUAUUCGCCGACGUCUCCUAGUUACUCACCUACGAGUCCCGCAUAUUCUCCAACUUCCCCAAGUUAUUCACCUACUUCGCCCAGUUAUUCACCAACAAGUCCGUCAUAUUCACCGACUAGCCCAUCAUAUUCUCCUACGAGUCCGGCGUAUUCCCCAACAUCGCCUGGUUACUCGCCGACAUCACCAAGCUACUCUCCAACUAGCCCAGUUUAUAGCCCAGCUUCUCAUAGCUACUCCCCAUCUUCACCAAAUUACACACCGACAUCCCCUGCCUAUUCGCCAACAAGCCCUUCGUACUCACCCACAUCGCCAGCAUAUUCUCCAACUUCUCCCAACUACUCACCAUCAUCUCCGAAAUAUACUCCAACGUCGCCGAAUUAUUCACCAACAUCGCCGUCACUUUCUGGUGGCAGUCCUACUUAUUCGCCUACAAGCCCGCAAUAUUCUCCUACAAGUCCUCAAUAUUCUCCUACUAGUCCAGCAUAUUCACCGUCUUCACCACAACACCCUGGAAGUAUGCGGUACACAUCGUCUUCACCAAAUUAUUCUCCGUCAUCUCCGAACUAUUCACCUUCAUCGCCUGGCUAUUCUCCAUCAUCGACGAAGUAUUCUCCUACAUCUCUGACUUAUACACCGACAUCUCCUAACUAUUCACCUUCUUCUCCCGCGUAUUCUCCGAACUCGGGUGCUCCUUCAACGUAUUCUCCUAACUCUCCAACAUAUUCUCCGACUUCGCCCAUCUAUGACGAUAGUGAUGAUUAAAUAUCGUUUUCAUAUACUACUUUUUUACUACGUAUAUUACUUUUGGACUAUAAAACAUUUUUGUAUGAAUACGUUAAUAAAUUACAUAACGUAUACACAAACGGUGUUAAUUCAAAUAUUAUAUUCUGAAAUGAUUUGAAACCAUUUUUAAUUUAAUAAUAGUUAGUUAUUAUAUUUUUGUUAUUAAAAGUGUCUUUGCUUUUUGGAGUAAGCAAUAUAUAAUAUAAUUGUGAAUCUUGGAGUAUCCCUAUUUUUUAUAGAUUGAAGUGAGUAAGGUGAUUCAAACCAGAUUUAAUUAGAUAUUAAGGAGACAUGUCUUAUUAUUAUUUUAAAAUAAAAUAGAAAUAUAUAAAA